AUGGGGAAGCUGACGAGCUCUCGGCGCUCUAUAGUGCCAAGCGGCAGCAGCAGCAGCAGCUUGCCUCACAGUGUGUUCUUCCACCAGCUGAGACCCAUGCAAAGCAUCCAGGCUUGCUGUUACUCACUCUGCAGUGGGGGGCCAUUUCAGGCUCUGUGGGACCAGCAGAGUAGCGAAGAAUGUCCAGGUGUCUCUGCUGAAGACCUGCUGCAGAGGUGCUGUGCUGCUGGCCAGAGAUUGGCCACUGAAAACCUCCACUGCAACCACAUGCCUCUACUGAGCAGUGACAAUCACUCCAUAUGCAGCUCACUGAAAGAGAGCCAGUGUGAGUCAGGUAUGACUUCAGCCAGAAGAGGGGACGCCUGUGAAGUGGAUCAGGAGGAUCAGUGCACAGAUGACUCCUACCAGGUGUGCUGCAGCUGCUGUGCCCUCGGUUUACGGAUGCGCGGUGAAGGAUGGGACUGCGAUGGCCACCAGUACCUGGGCGACCCGUGUGCUCACGUCUUCUUCACCUGCUGCAAGGAAGAGGAAGGUCCGAGCCAGAUCCCACUGAAGAGAAAGCAGAAACCCAGACCAACUGCUGUGCCGAGAAGAGUUUCAGAAGGGAAGUACCCCAAGGAGGCCCUCUCCAUCAGUGCCACAGAUGAAGCUGCCAAUGUGGUGCAGGAGCACGAGGAUGUAGAUGAGUGUCAGCUGUAUGCAGGCCAGCUGUGCCAACACAAAUGCAUCAACAUCUGGGGCUCCUACCGCUGUGAAUGCCACCAGGGCUAUGUCCUGCAGCAAGACAGACACUCGUGUGCACCAGUGAGUCCUGAUGAGGACAACAGAGUCAGAGAGGACACUCCUGCUGUGGUCCCAACACAAACCACUGCUACCGCUACCAUCACGACCAGUACUACCAGCACCAGCCCCGCCCGCCUCAAUCCAUGUGCAGAAAAUGGUCCUUGCAGUCAGCAGUGUAUGGUGGUGGCAGGCCAGGCUCGCUGCUCCUGCUUCCCAGGCUUCUCACUGAUGACAGAUGGACACAAGUGUGAAGAUGUGGAUGAAUGCGUGACCAACACCCACAGCUGUGGAGCCAGUGAGCGCUGUGUGAACACAGUGGGUUCAUUUGUAUGCGAGCUGCAGGUCACUUGUCCUGCAGGCUACCAGCGGAGGAACAGUGUUUGCGAAGAUGUUGAUGAAUGUGUGCUGCGAACCCAUAACUGUGGAGUGGGCUUUGUGUGUGAGAACACAGUGGGCUCUUUCCUGUGUAAUCCCAAACAUAAGUGCAUCAGCGGCUUCACACAGGACUCUCAUGGCAACUGUAUUGACAUAAAUGAGUGCAACAGCCUGAGUGAGCCGUGCAGCUCAGGCUUUAACUGUAUCAACACAGUGGGCUCCUAUACGUGCCAGCAGAAGAUCAUAAAGUGCAGCCAUGGAUACCACGCCAGCCCCGAUGGAGCCAAGUGUGUCGACAUUGAUGAGUGUCAGAUGGGGACACACCGCUGUGGAGUGGGCCAGAUCUGUCACAACCUCCCUGGCAGCUACCGCUGUGAUUGUCAGACGGGCUACCAGUAUGAUGCUCUCCGCAAAGGCUGCACUGAUGUAAAUGAGUGCUGGCGCUAUCCUGGCAGGCUGUGUGCCCAGACCUGUGAAAACACCCCAGGCUCCUACCACUGCUCAUGCACAGCUGGCUUCUCUCUCGCAUUUGAUGGCAAGAACUGUGAAGAUGUUAAUGAAUGUGAUAAAAAUCCCUGUAGCCAGGAGUGCGCCAACAUCUACGGCUCUUAUCAAUGCUACUGUCGCCAAGGCUACUACCUGAAAGAGGACGGACACACCUGUGAAGAUAUUGACGAGUGCUCUCAGAGCAUCGGGAAUCUCUGUUCCUUCCAGUGUGUUAACGUUGCAGGCAGCUACCAGUGUGCCUGUCCUCCUCAGGGAUACACCAUGUCGGCCAACGGACGCACCUGCAGAGAUAUUGACGAGUGCACAUCUGGCAGCCACAACUGUUCAUAUGGACAGACCUGUUUCAACCUGCAGGGAGGCUUCAGAUGUCUCUCCUUCGAAUGUCCUCAAAACUACAAGAAGGUGUCAGACACACGCUGUGAGCGGAUCAGCUGUCCCAGCAACUCCGUAGACUGUCACAACUCUCCUGUGCGAAUCACAUACUACCAGCUCAGCUUCCAGACCAACAUCAUCAUUCCAGCACAGAUCUUUCGAAUCGGACCUUCCCCCGCUUACUCUGGCGACCACAUCGUCAUCGGCAUCACCAAGGGCAACGAGGAGGGCUACUUCAACACCAGGAAGCUAAACAGCUUCACGGGUGCUGUCUACCUGCAGAGACAGGUUCGUGAGCCCAAAGACUUCCUAAUAGACGUGGAGAUGAAGCUGCUGAGGCAGGGCACGUUCACCUCGUUCCUUGCAAGGAUCUAUGUCUUCAUCACAACCAGCACUGUGUAAACCCAAACCGAUUGAGGAAGAGACUAUUUCGUAUGGUGCUAAAUGUUUUAUACAUGUGCAGACUCUUUAGGUGAUGCCUCCCCACAUUCAAACAUAUUCAAGGUUCUUGUAAAAUGUUUUCAAACUGGUUUUCUGCUUGUUUCUCUGCAGACAUGCUACAACAAUCAUAUUUCCUGAGAAACCUUGUAUAUGUAUGUACCUAUGUAUUUUACAGCUUGACUCUUGCUCAUGUAAUUUAGCUUUGAUGCACCACUGUUACAAGAGUUUUACACAGUUUGUUCAUAUGGACAAAGUCCAAGUCUGGGUUGAUGGUUUGUGCUCUGCUCUACUCUCUACUCUUUUACCUCCCUGUAAAUUGUUAAUUUCAUGAGAAUUAUUCCUUAAAGUCUGAAGAUACCAUUAAACCAUCGAAGCACUAGAAGUUAAGGGCACUUGUCACUGUGUCGGCCCGAAAAUGACAAAAUGAACUGAAAGUUUAUUUUGAUUUGUUAGUGAAAUAAUUAGACUGGAGUGUAAAAAGAAAGUUUUAUAUUUUUCCUUUAACCUCUGAACAGUUUGUUUACCACCAAUUAGG